AUGCUUUGCAGAAGGAGUGUUGGAAGCCAUCACGAAGAGCCGUCGGACCCAACCAGGUUCAGGCUGAGCUGCGAAGGCAGGUAUAGCGUUCUCAACCGGCAGCGCUGCAACCUUCCAGCUUUGCGCUUGCCAAACUUUGGCGCACUCAGCAUUAUGCUCAAGGGUUGGUUGCGCAUGAAGGCAGUUCGCAAGAGGCCACAGCUUAGGCAAGCUUCAAUACUAGGCCUCGCCUCAGCACAGGCGCUGCUCGCGUGGCAACGCUGCAAAGCACGUAAACCGCGGAAGGGCGCAGAAGCCUUGGCGCGCAAGCGCAGCUUGGAUGGCAGUGCUUUGAAUCGCAUUGCCAUUAGCAAGGUGCGUUGA